AUGGACGCCAUUGACGGGGAUGCCUCAUCUCAGCCAAUCUAUCAGCAGCAAUGGCUAGUCUACGUCCGAUUACAUAUCGCGAUACUAUUCGAGAGCCCAUCCAUGACCGCAUCAAAAACCUUGUGCCUAAGCCGAGGCGAUGAUAAAAUGAAACGUAAAUGGACCGCUGGUGAUGUCCAAAAGAAUGGGGAGGACUGGCUGGAAAACCAAUGCAAGAAAGAAAAGAAGUGGAAUUCCAAAAACAACAAAGGAGCAGGCUUGAAUGGGGAAUAUCAGGCGCCGGCACCUAUGCAAUACCCUGACAACCCGAUAGAUGACAUUCCAAAACCUAUCCUUCCAAAACCUAUCCUCCCAGAAUCUGACAUGACAAAAUCUGAAAAUUCGAAACCUGAGCCUUCACAGGAACAGAAAGAUCCUGAGAAAUUAUAA